AUGCCGUCGACAUCUGCGUCUGUUUAUGCUCUCCAUCACACGCUUCCGAUGGGUUACGUCGUGAGCCCUUUCAUUUCGCCUGCUCGAUUCCAGAACACGGUGGACAUGGUUUUCCAGGAAUUGCAGGAAUCGAUGGAUGGCAAUCAAUGGAUCAUUGUCGUCGGCCUCUCCCCCGCCCUCAUCCGGCGGCUCGCCGAUGCCGAGCACCCGCUCGAGAAUCUGAACUACAGGUUCCAAUGGGACGGUGUGAUCGGCCUGGUCAAGGUGAUUGCAUCGUACUUCCACAUACUUGCAACCACUCAACUCGUCGGAGCAAUUGAUUCCCAGCUUUCUGCAAUGCUCAAUGCUACGACACACAUCAGGUGGGGCGCCAACACUGCCCAUGAACCGACAGCACACAAUGGCAAGCAACCAGACGAAGCUUUUUUCCCACCAUCUCGUUGGGCUCCUGUUUCACAGACCUGGUCUUGUCCCACCCUCAUCAUUGAGACUGGUGUGCCCCAGUCACUGUCUCGCCUACGAGAAGAUGCGAAGUGGUGGUUUGCGAGCACUAAUGGCAAUGUGCGAAUCGUUCUGAUCCUGAUCUUCUCCGGUAGUACACUUCACAUUGAGAAGUGGCAAUUGGCUCCUCCGAACGGCCCUCGCCCUCUUGGCAGAGAAGACAUCAAUGCCCUACGCCUGCAGAACCCUCCUAUGCCUCCCCUGGUCCCACAACUCCCAGCAACACAGCAAGCAUAUGCAGCACAAGAGAUUGAGGUGACAUGGAGUCACGCUGCCGGUGCUCCUCUGGUUCUUCCUUUCGCCGCUUUGUUUGACCAACAACCAGGCCCUGGACAACAUAACAUUGUGCUUGAGGCACAGGAUCUUUGCUCUGUCGCUGGCUGUCUGCUUUAA